GCCUCGGAAACUUGCGCCAUUGUUUCAGCUGCCGCGCCUGGAGAUCGAAGCGAGCGCGCGCUCAGACGUAGAGCGAGCGGCCGAUUGCGCAACCUCAAGAGCCCGACGUCAAUCCGAAUUAAUCGAUUCCCGCCGUUACUCCACGUGCCCGGAGAAUCGAUUUCCCCGUUAAUCGCCAGCAUAAGGGGAAUCGACUUCACUACCACAGCCAUCAUGAAUCUAUGGAAUCGCGUCGAGGUCCUGCAAACGCCCGCUAUGUGGUCGCGGCAGCAGCGGCAACCACCAGCGGCUCCUCACACGGCAGCAGGGCAUCCAUCCACACGUCCGAUGCGUGAUGCGUGAGACUCUAAGAGCCCGCGACAUCCACGCAACAACAACAACAACGCUACAACGAGCAGGCGGGGGAGAAGGAACACAGCGGCGAUGAAGGCCCCGUGUCCGCGGGGCCUGCGGGCUUUCCUAAGCAGCCUGGCCGGGUUCGCGCUCGGCUUCUCGGCGGCCACUUGGCUCUUCUCGCCCUGGGCAGCGCAGCGAUCCGCCACCGCUGGCGCCGGCGGCGUUUCCACCGGCGGUCACUGCUGGUGGCAGGGCGGCUUCGGGCGAGGCGGAGCGCUACUGAUGGGCGCCGGGAGGAGCGGCGCGUCGUCAUUCUCGUUCGCCUUCUCCUUCCCCUUCUCGUCGUCCUCAUCCACCUCCCGGGAGGAGACGGAGUGGGGUGGAGCGCGGACCCGCAGCUUCGUCUACGUCGGGGUCAUCACGGCGCACAAGUACCUGUCCACACGCGCCUGGGCCGCCUAUCGAACCUGGGCCCCCACGGUGCCCGGCCGCGUGGAGUUCUUCACGAGCGACGGCUCCAGCUCCGAGCUGCCCCUGCCGCUCGUGGCGUUACCCGGCGUGGACGACGUAUACCCGCCGCAGAAGAAGUCCUUCAUGAUGCUGAAGUACAUGCACGACCACUACCUGGACCAAUUCGAGUGGUUCGUGCGCGCCGACGACGACGCCUACAUUCGCGGGGAUCGCCUCGAGCAGUUCCUGCGCCGCCUCAACAGCAGCGAGCCGCACUACCUGGGCCAGACGGGGCUGGGCACCACCGAGGAGCUGGGCAAGCUGGCGCUGGAGCCCGGCGAGAACUUCUGCAUGGGCGGCCCGGGAAUGGUGUUCAGCCGGGAGGCGCUCAGGAGGCUGGCGCCCAAUGUGGGGCCGUGCCUGCGCGAGAUGCACACGGGGCACGAGGACGUGGAGGUGGGGCGGUGCGUGCGGAGGUUCGCCGACACGCAGUGCGUGUGGUCCUACGAGAUGCAGCAGCUGUUCUACGAGCACUACGAGCGCAACAAGCGUGGCUACAUCCAAGACCUUCCGGCGAGCAAACUGCACCGCGCCAUCACCCUGCACCCCAACAAGCGCCCCGCGUACCAGUACCGCCUGCACUCGCUGCUGCUCGCUUCACGCGCGCAAGAGCUGCGCCACAAGACCAUCGAGCUGCACCGGCAGAUUCUGCAGACUGCGACGGAGGCUCAGCAGCUGCUCGCUAACGGCGGCGGCGACGACGAAGCCAACGCCGCCUUGGACGUGUCGUCAGAGGACCGGCGCCUUGGCGCCUCGCCCUCCUUCAUGCGCUUCCACCCUCGCGACCGCCAGCAUGUGCUCGAGUGGGACUUCUUCACCGGCACGCACCUGUGGUCAGCGCGCGCCGGCGCCCAGGGCCCCCGCCAAGCCCUGAGCGGCGGCGCCCUCCGCUCGGCGCUUGACGGCACCGUCGUGGCCCAGCUCAUGGAAAUGAUCGACGCCCGCGCUAGGGCGCGCCGGCGAGCCAUCGAUUUCCGCGAGAUCCUGUACGGCUACGCGCGCGUCAACCCGCUGCACGGCGCCGACUACGUGCUGGACGUCCUCAUGACGUACCGCCGCAGCGAGGGCAAGCGCGCCGCCGUGCCGGUGCGCCGCCACGCCUACCUGCAGCAGACGUUCGGCCGCGCCGAAUUCGCCGAGGAGCGCGAGAUGCAAGCUGCCGAGUUCGCCGCGGCCGUGGACGCUAGCGCCGCCGCCGCAGCUGCCGCCGCUUCGGCUGACGGCGGCGGCGGCGGCGGUAUCGCCGGCGGUAAUGCCGGCGACGGUUCGUUGCUGGCGGUGAAGCUAUCGAACCCACUCGGGCUCUUCGCGCCGUUCGGCCGCACCCCCGUUGAGGCGGUGCUGGCGGCCGCCGGGCCCAGCCGGGAGAGGAUCCACAUGCUGGUGCCGCUGGCCGGGCGGUACAAGGCGUUCGUCAGGUUCAUGGAGAACUUUGAGCGCGUGUGCCUGGCUCGCCCGCAGAACAUCAAGCUGGUGCUGCUGCUGUUUCGCCCUUCGAGCGACGACGGCGGCGGUGCCGGCGACGGGGACGCGGUGGGAAGACCCGAGGCGCUGGUAGAGGAGUACCGCCGGCGCUACCCGAAGGCGGAGAUAGAGGUGCUGAGCGUGACCGGGCCUUUCUCGCGAGGCCUGGCUCUGGAGGUGGGGUCUUCGCAGUUUCCCGGCGAUGCCCUCCUCUUCUUCUGCGACGUUGACCUGGCAUUCACAGCCGACGCCCUGCAGCGCUGCCGGGACAACGCCGGUCGCGUCGAUCCCACCACCGGCAGCGUGAGCGACGACGGGAGGGUUGGCCAAGUCUACUUCCCCGUCAUCUUCAGCCAGUACGAUCCGCGCAUCGUCCACUCUGGUGGCGGCCGUUCGCCCACGAGUGACGACAGCGACGGCCGCCACGAGGACGACCCCUUCGACUUCUCCGAUCGCGCCGGAAUGUGGCGCGCGUUCGGCUAUGGCAUCGCCUGCCUGCAUCGCGCCGACCUGGCCCGUGCCGGCGGUUUCGACACAUCAAUUACGGGCUGGGGGCUCGAGGACGUCGACUUGUUCGGCAAGGCGGUGGCGGCUCGUGCCGGUGGCGGUGCCGGUGGCGGGCUAGCCGUGUUCCGCAGCCCGGACCCCGGCGUGGCUCACCUCCACCACGAGGUGCGGUGCGACCCGGCGUUGGAGCCGAGGCAGCUGCGCAUGUGCCGCAACUCGAAGGCGUCGACGUUGGGAUCGGCGAGGCAGCUGGCGCACACGUGGCUGGCGCACGCCGAAGCCGCCGCCGUCGCCGCCGCCGGGGAAGACGAAGGAGGGGGACGGGGGCCGGGGAGGUUGGGCCCCACAGCCACCGACGUUGGCGGCGACGGUGCCGCGAGUCGGUAACCGCGAGCGGCCGGCGCGUCAAAUCGAUUUCCUCAGCGGGCACCAUCGUCGUACAACAGACGGGCGCGUGCUGGUAGGGGGUGGUGGCGGGUUGGGGGGUGUGUGUGCAGUGGCGGCCGUUGGAUUUCAACGGAAUUAGGCCAAACAUCCCAAAGUAGCAGGACACUCAUGAAGACUUGAGACUUGGCCAGGCUUUACUGGUAAAUAAUUGAUAUAAUUACACUGUAAAAAUUAAUAAACAUAAAAGUUUUCCUGGGCCCAUAUAUAUUUUUUUAUCAAUUUGGGUCGGACUAUUUAUAUUUCGUAGUGACGCCGUUUAAACGCGCUUGGGCCGAUGUUCUGUGGCGCACUAAUUCCAUUAAAACCACAUCGGCGAGAGGUGGCUUAAGAGAUCAGAACGCGGAGAUAGCACCAGAGAAUCCUGAACGCAAAUAGAUUUCAGCUGCCUGUUCUUUUAAGGCAGGUUUCUCAAGUGUAGCGAGCUUAUCGCCCUCAACCGGAUCAUCAGUGACUCACAGAGACCCUUAAUCUGGCUAAAUUUCAGCUCUGAGAUUUAAACAAAAAUAUCCGUUAGACCAUCAUGCAACGAACAUUACUCUGUGGCAGGACAGGUGGGAAAGUGCUGCCGCUUAAUGUAUGCACUUUUAAGGGAUCUUGGAAGUCGUUUCGAUAUCUGCAGACUAUGAAUAGAUUAUUACACUGUGUAACAAAAAUGUGUUUUUUUGUUCCUGGGUAGUAAGUGUUAUUUCCUAAUUGCUUAUGCCUCAAAAAGUACAGAAAAUGGCUAUUAUUCCCCACAAACUUUGCUUUUGUGACCAGGACAGUGAUAUUUUGAAAUGUACCCAUUUUUCAAUGAGAAAGCAUGGUGUGCAUUUGAGUCAUUCUUUCACAUAAAGUCCUGGUCACAAAAGCAAAGUUUGUGGGGAAUAAUAAUAGCCAUUUUCUAUACUUUUGAGGCAUAAGCAAUUAGAAAAUAACACUUACUACCCAGGAACAAAAAUCGUGUUACAUAGUGAAUUAUUGGUCUCAUGACUUGACACUAAAAGCACAAUUUGGAUUAAAUUGACAAACAAAUGAAGAAUAAAAGCCCUAAAUCGCUUGUGCCUGCAGACGUUCAUUGGUAGUUACGCCAAGCCAAAAUACACAACCAAAAGCUGAACUUUGUGCAUUGAACUGAAUGAAGUACAUUUAAUUUCUUUAACUUUUAAGUUAACUGCCUGUCGCUUGCGUACCGUGUUUUUUUAUGCAUUUGCACAUUUGUUAAUUGUAGCGUUAAAAGCAUCAUUUUCACACACGUAAGAUGUGUAACAAUUUCAUCGACUCAUUGAAAACUAUCAAUUAUUAAGCUUUUCUUAAGGUGUUUGAUAGACAUCAAAUCACGCGCGUUAGAAUCAACGCAAAAGAUUCCUAGAUAUUUUUUUUUAUAUAUAUAUGCGACGCACGAGCUCUUGAUUAAACAAGGCCUGUCGUGGCGAAGUCGGCAAACAACCUCAAUAACUGACGCCGCACGGUGAGAGUCAUCCCUGGGUGGAAUGACUACAGGGUGGAGCGGUGCAACAGCGGUUACAACACCGCAGUACGAACCCAGCGGUCCGAGUUCCAAUUAGCAGCCUUCGGAGUUCGAUACCUGGCCACACGGCUAAUAUCGGUGGCGAGUGAUCUCGGACGGGUCCCGAAUGCCACUCCCACUGCUGCAAGAGGCUCUCUCCAUCACCGACGUGUCCAUGCCCUCCCGUUAUAUAUAUUUUUUUAUCGUUGUUAUAUUUACAUCAGUUUCACGUGCUGCCUACAAUCCACUGGAUAUCUGUGAAAAAGAGCUUCGUAGCUCAUCGGAUUCCUCCAGUAUGAAAAUAAAUAUUCUGAUUCACUGAAGGCGCUCUAUUUGCUAGUGUUAGAAAAAAAAUAAGGGUUCGCGAUUGUGAAGGGGAGAAUAGUUACAUUCCGGAUCGAGACGAGUCGACAGAUGCCUUCGUCCGGCUCUGUGAGCCUCGGGCAAGAGGUAUGUGAAGGUGCAUCGAUAAAAUUUGUAAUUAUUCUUACGCUCGUGAUGUCACACCACGAUUGAGAACAUUUUAUUUACUAUUCGUACAAAGAAUACGCAAACUAUAUGCUGUUACAUCUAGGGUAAUGGGGAAAACAGAACUAAAUGACACAUUAAAAAAAGUGCAAACAUUUUUAGAUACAGACGUGUUUAUUGUACACCGUCUGUGACCAAAUGACCCAGAAUGCACGCGAUCUUCAUCAUAUUUCAGAUGCCAAGCAGCAUUGAGCCUGGAAAGUGCUUUGGAUUGGUGACCGCCACGCAUAACAGUUCUUAGAAGCUGUGGAGCCAUUUUGGGCAAUGCAGCAUAAGCUAUUGUCAUUCAGUAAUAUAACCCCAGUUUACAUGGCGGUGCGCGUUCCUGAAAGGUGCAAAGGCGAAUACCAAAACGACCUAAAUCAUCGCGAUUUGCAGGGUAGCUGGAGGCGACGGACAGAAGCACGAAAGAUGCCGUUGGCGACGUGCGGGGUUUAGGCGACAAAAACUAUUAAUAGUGACGACGUAAAGGGGGGCGGGGGGGAAGAUGUAAAUCGGGGUAUUAUCGUGUUCUUGUACGCUCCUUCACCUACACUCCUCACCUUCACCAACCUGCACUGACCAGCAUGGUGAAGUAUGGUCCGACUCUCCACAACUCACGCGGAUCUCCCGCAGCAUUGGAUUCACAAGUGCAUGCUGUGCAAAGUGUUGCUGUAAACGCUGCGGCCAACAGGCCCGCCGGGGUUAGUUCACGCGGACUCCCCAAAACGGCUAAAAGGUGCCGUUUUAUUCCGGUUUGUUAAUGUGUAUACCUCAGCAGAUGAGAAUGGCCCAUUGCAAAUUCAACUGUGAACCUCGGCGUAAGUUUAGCUCCUCAAAAUGAACGUAUUAGCGGUACACUGCGCGGUAUAUGAAAUAAGGGCAACAUUGUUUGCAAUCAUUAUUUAUUUUUUCACAACAUCUUGCGGGGUGUGCAUCAAAAUCGGCUCUUGCGAUGUCGAAGUGGUCGGAAGAGCAAACGCUACAAGUGGCUGAACGCGAAGAUUCAGUCUGUUGCCGAACGGCAGCAUCCAGGCUGAUGACGAAUGGCUUGCUCCAUGUUUCAAAGGCAGAUUUGACUUGUGUCUGCGACGUUCUUCGAUUUGACGGACCCAAAUCCACAGGCAAUAGGCCUUUAUUAGUAGACUGAAUAAGCCUUCGAAGUGUCAAACUUUGGCGAAAUUGUCAAUUGAAGACUGAUGAACAGAUUUGCCGAUUCAAAUUUAGAUUUUAGACUGUUUUAUGAGGACCAGUACAUUAUGCUGCAUCGGUGUACCGCCAAUACGUUCAAAUAACUGCUCGGCUCAAGAUCCGAAUGUGGCUGACAAGUCUUAGAGAGCAUUUGUACACAUGAAACGUGACGGCAUGGCACGCAUGCAAGGCGAUGGAAGUCGUGCCUUACAAUUCUGCUGUUUGUGAGCACGUGUAUGUGUAUCUACUUAUUUCCAGCCUGCAUGCGUUUUCCUGCGAUAGGUAUUCUCAUGUACAGAAAGUGUUGGAUUUGAGUUGAAUUCCUGCAAGAGCGGUGCUUUUGCCACCAUUCGUUUUCUGUUCCGAGACAAUUUCAGUGUUUUAUAUUCGUGACAUUUCUUCAAAUCGAGAUUUAUCAUGCAUGCAGUAACUAAUGGUGUAUUUAGGUUUUUUUGUUAAAGAAUGCAUUUACUUGGUAUUCAUAUUUUUUUAAGCCCACGACAUUAAUAAAGACAAUUUUGUACUCAA